AUGCUUUUUAUUGGUGAUAAUCCAAUAAAAGGGACUAUUCCCACUUCAUUGGGAAAUAUUUCCACUCUGCAUAAUCUUUACUGUCGAAACAAUCGCAUAGUGGGGGAAAUUCCUCCGGAAUUAGGGAAGCUAUCAAAUUUGAGGGAAUUAAUCUUUUCCCAUAAUUAUAAUCUUAUGGGUAAAAUUCCAGAGGCUAUUUUCAACAUAUCUUCUUUGGAAGUGAUUUCUUUCCAUGAAAACAACCUCUCGGGGAGAAUUCCAACCACUACAGGUCUUCAUCUUCCAAACCUUAAAAUACUUUCCAUGGGAGUCAAUCAGCUGGAAGGGGAAAUUCCAUUGUUCAUAACAAAUGCUUCCAAGCUUGAGAGACUGGAGCUAAAUAAUAACUUUCUGACAGGAACUAUUCCUACUAAUUUGGGAAAUCUUCGUGAACUGCAAAUACUGCUCCUACAUACUAAUCAACUUACCAAUGAACCAAGAGUGGCAUGA